AUGAUUGCUGAAAUAAUGCCUGAUUAUGUAAAGAAAUACUUUCCUUUAAUCCUGAGCUUUUUAGUACUUGUCAUUUACUUUACAUUUGCGUACUUUGUUUUUAUAUAAAUAUCGAAAUAGACCUUGAUAGAAUGGAUAUAUAUAAGCAUAGGCACUUUUAGUAUUGUUAUGCUAUUUUGGGCACUGUAUAGAACCUCAAGAAUUGACCCUGGAUUUAUUCCUAAAGAUACAUUAGGAGAAUAUGAUGAAAAUAAAUAAAGAGACUAUUGUCUAUAGUGUAGAAUAAAGAGACCAGAAAGAUCUCACCAUUGUUCUAAAUGUAAAAGAUGCGUUUUAAAUAUGGAUCAUCAUUGCGUUUGGACGGCUAACUGCAUAGGUUUAUACAAUAGAAAAUAUUUUUUACUCAUUUUGUUUUGGGGUUCUAUAGGGAUUUUUUCAGGUACUUUACUUGGAUUAAUGAAUAUUGAGGCUCUUUGGAAUAGAAUUUGGGAAAAUGAUUCUCUGGAUUUUAGUAAAGUAAAGGCAGCUUUCAUAUUUCUAAUGACAUUUUCACAAUUUUUAAAUGGUUUAGGUUUAUAUUACUUUUUUUGGACUAAUUUCAAAUUGAUAGCUCUUAAUAUUUGUACUCUAGAUUAAAUGAUUUUAGAGAUUGAAGCUUAAACAAAAAGAAAAUAUCAUACCGAUUUAACAAUAUAUAAUUUAGGAUUUUGGUACAACUUUACCUUUUAUUUUGGGAAAAAUCCACUUCUUUGGUUGAUACCUAUAGGAAGACCUAUAGGUGAUGGGUAUCUUUGGGAUAAAAAAGCUAGUUUUAGAGAAAUGGCAGAAACAACAUUAUAACUUACGGAAUGA